ACAGGGUGGGCGGAGUCGAGUGCUGUAGAACGGAGCAUGCGCCCUGAAGCAACGAAGGAGGGAGGUGGCGCCAUUGCUGUGGCCGAUGUGACAGCGGACUGAGAGCACACGGGUGAACAUGGGACCUCCAUACGUUCAGCGGCCUUGAAGCUCCAGGGCCUGGGAAACCGGGCAGAGGCGCCUUUGGGACGCAGAGCAGCAGCCGCCUUGUUCGUUACUUAGUUUUUUUUUUUUUUUUUAAUCGGUGUGUGGUGUGGCGACACCCGGAGCACCUAGUAGGGGGCGGAUAGUGGAUGAUAGAGGUGUCCGGCCGGGAGGAGAAGAAGGGACGUUAUUAGGGAGGGGGGAGGGCGGUGACGUUAGAUUACGGACCGUUGUUCGGAGCCGUAGAAGCACGUUAUACAAGAGGAGGGAGAGGUGCAGGCGUUAUCCGGGGCAGCCCCGGCGGGAGGCGGAUCAGGGGGCCCCAGGCUCCGUUUGAUGGAUCCUCGGAUCGCCUGGUUCCAGCCAGAGCAGCUCGGUCCCUCCAAUAGCCUGUGGAUGCAGAUCUGGGAGACCACGCAAGGCCUGAGGAACCUUUACUUCAACCAUAACAGCCCGGCCUCCCCCGCACACAGCGGAUCUUCCUCCGCCAGCUCCUCGGCCAGUGAGGCCAACAUGUACCGGGACAGCGCGGCUCAGGCCUCCACCAUGCCGGCCACCACAGUGCUAAGCGAGCAGGGGGACUUUCUACCACUGGAGACCUCCAAUAAUAAUAACCAGAACCAGAGUCCACCCGGGGGAUGGAGGAACGAUCACACCAACAGCAACAAGAGGAAGAGGGACAACAAAGCCAGCACCUUCGGCCUCAACUACAGCCUGCUAAACUCUACACCCGGCAAUACCACCGGGGGGGCCUACACCGGCACUCCAUGGAAGAGCCGCAACUACAGCGACGAGGUCAUAGGUCUUCAUGAAGAAAUCCUCGACUUCUACAAAUACAUGUCCCCUAGGCCAGAAGAGGAAAGAAUGCGGAUGGAAGUUGUUAAUAGGAUUGAAAAUGUCAUUAAGGAGCUUUGGCCAAGUGCAGAUGUUCAAAUAUUUGGAAGUUUCAAAACAGGACUUUAUUUGCCUACCAGUGACAUUGACCUAGUUGUUUUUGGAAAAUGGGAGAACUUACCACUUUGGACACUUGAAGAGGCAUUGCGGAAGCACAAAGUGGCCGACGAAAACUCUGUUAAGGUUCUUGACAAGGCUACGGUACCGAUUAUUAAACUGACAGAUUCCUAUACUGAAGUAAAAGUAGACAUAAGUUUUAACGUGCAGAAUGGGGUAAAAGCAGCUCAGCUUAUCAGGGAUUUUAUUAAGAAAUAUCCAGUCCUUCCAUACUUAGUGCUGGUUUUAAAGCAGUUUCUGUUACAGAGAGACCUUAAUGAAGUGUUUACAGGGGGAAUCGGCUCCUACAGUCUCUUUUUAAUGGCUGUUAGUUUUCUGCAGUUGCAUCCAAGAGAAGAUGCCUGCAGCCCGAACGCCAACUAUGGUGUUUUGUUAAUAGAGUUUUUUGAGCUCUAUGGGAGGCAUUUUAACUACAUAAAAACUGGAAUACGCAUAAAAGAUGGUGGCUCAUAUGUAGCUAAAGACGAGGUACAAAAAAGUAUGUUGGAUGGAUACAGGCCAUCCAUGCUGUACAUUGAAGAUCCAUUGCAGGCUGGAAAUGAUGUGGGCCGUAGUUCAUAUGGAGCCAUGCAGGUGAAACAGGCCUUUGAUUAUGCAUAUGUUGUCUUAAGCCACGCAGUGUCACCUAUAGCCAAGUAUUACCCCAACAAUGAAUCUGAAAGCAUUUUAGGGCGUAUUAUUCGAGUAACUGAAGAAGUGGUGGCUUACAGAGACUGGAUAUCGAAGAAGUGGGGGCAGAAAAAUAGAUCUGAACCAGUAUACAAUGGCAAUGAUGUUACCUUAAUAGUGGAUGUGCAUCAUUUAGACAAGUGUAACAACAACGUGUCUGGUCAGAAUACUCCUCCUGGACAAGUCAAGAAUAAAACUUCUGAAGCUCUUGGCAAACACUCCUCCAAUUCAUCUGGUCCUUUGUCUUCCUCUUCUUCCACACUAUCUAGCUCCAGCGAUGUGAAGAAAGUCAUUAAACGUCUAUGCAUUCAGGACUCAGACGGAACCCCGUUCAAGACUUCAAAGCAACCAAGUUGUCGUCAAUCAAGCGACAGUCGGAUGGGCCCUCAGGAAUCCUGCACCAGCUCAACACAACCCAUCAGCAAAUUGCAACCUAAUCAGAGCAUUAGUUCUUCAAACGGCAACAACAAAUCUCAGCAUGGCACUACUAGACUUUUCCGUUCAACCUCGUCCAGCAAAAGUUUCCAGACACCACCACACACAAGCCAAGGCACAUCUGUGCCAAGCCGGCACAUACAAAGUGGCAAAGCACAGCACCAGCACUACCACAGCAAGAAACGCAAGCACAAGCGAGAAACAGACCUGUGCAGAUAGCUACUGUGGCCGGACUUAAAACUUGAAUGUGCCGCAACAGAAUUAAAGAUCAACAAACUUGUUCAUAUCCCUCCCAGAAACUUAUAAACAUUUAAACUGACUUGUUUCCUUUUUAUUUUGUUAAUUUUUUUUUUCAAGCUAGCCACGGAAAUGGAUCAUGAAGUUUUCCAACACGAAAAAAAAAAAUUCUCAAAAAGAAAACAAAAUCUUAAAAAAAGAUAAAAAUGGCUGCUCGUUUGUUAAAAUACAUGGAGGUUAUAAAAAAAAUAUUUGCACUUCUCUAUCGGCACCAUGGUGCUGAAUUCUAUGACUGAAAUCAAGGGUUUUGGGUAGAAAUGUACAAAAAAUAACAAAAACAUAAAAAAACAAACUAUUUCGAAAGGGGUGCAAUUUGCAAAACACCUCAUUUCUGGGAACUUUAUUCCUGCAUGUUUUUUUUUUAAUUAUUUUCAAUAUUGUACUGUUUUAUUGUACAUACAACAGUAUCUGAUAUUGCACUUUUGUAUCGGUGCAUUUGCUUUUUACAUAAAACUUAUAAGGAAAAUCGGA